CCAAUGGUUCAUAUAGCGGAAGUUGUAUCGUCGCGUCGAAACGACUUGCAAAUGAUGAACCGUCCUAUUCAAGUGAAGCCGGCGGACAGUGAAAACCGCGGAGACAGAAAGCUAUUCGUGGGAAUGCUCAGCAAGCAACAAACUGAAGACGAUGUCAGAAAAUUAUUCAAUGCCUUUGGCACAAUAGAGGAGUGUACCAUCCUCCGAGGACCCGACGGCAGUAGCAGAGGCUGUGCAUUUGUGAAACUUUCGUCACAUCAAGAAGCGCUAGCGGCAAUCAAUUCUUUACACGGUAGCCAAACUAUGCUGGGUGCGUCAUCCAGCUUAGUGGUAAAAUUUGCAGAUACUGAGAAAGAGAGACAAUUAAGACGUAUGCAGCAAAUGGCUGGGAACAUGAGCCUCCUUAGCCCUUUCGUCUUCAAUCAGUUCGGCGCUUACGGCGCUUAUGCUCAGUUUUAUUUACAGCAGCAAGCGGCUCUCAUGGCUGCUGCAGCAGCACAAGGGACGUACAUCAAUCCGAUGGCGACGUUAGCCGCUGCACAAUUGCCACAUGCGUUGAAUGGUACCGGUACAGGACAGCCUGUUAACGGGGCGAUACCGUCGUUACCGUCGCCAACGAUGCCCAAUUUCAACAUGGCUGCACAAACACCUAACGGUCAACCGGCAGGUUCAGAUCCUGGUGUCUACACCAACGGGAUACCGCCGACCUACCCGGGACAUGCCCUCCAUCUGUCCAUUUCAGCACAAGGGCUGUCCAAUGGGGAGGCGGCACUCCAGCAUGCCGCCGCGUAUCCCGGAAUGCAAGCCUACCCUGGUGUCGCUUAUCCCGCCGUCUACGGCCAGUUUCCUCAAGCUAUUCCACAGCCGAUGACCGCCGUGGCACCGACGCAGAGAGAAGGAUGCUCUCUCUCAGGACCCGAGGGCUGCAACCUGUUCAUCUAUCAUCUGCCGCAAGAGUUUGGUGACCCUGAGCUCAUGCAGACGUUCAUCCCUUUUGGCAACGUCAUAUCCUCCAAGGUUUUCAUCGACCGGGCCACCAACCAGAGUAAAUGUUUCGGUUUCGUGUCGUACGACAAUCCAGCGAGCGCGCAGGCAGCAAUUCAAUCGAUGAACGGCUUCCAGAUAGGGAUGAAACGUUUAAAAGUCCAGUUGAAGAGGCCCAAGGACGCAAGUCGACCAUACUAA